AUGGCAAACGCCGUUUCAAGGAUGAACACGAAGUGGCGGGAUGUGGCCAAAAUCGGCAUCCGGGGCGCUGCUCGUAUCACAGGCGGACUCGAGCGCAACGAGGUGCUGAAAAGCCUCAACCUCUUAGGCAGCCGCAUCGGCGACACGGGCACCAUCGCGAUUGCCGAGGCUCUGCGAGGCACGAGGAUCGGCGACGAGGGCGCCAAGGCGCUGGCCUCUGCUCUGCGCGUCAACGCGGUGCUGAAAAGCAUCGAUCUCCGCUGCAACUAUUUGGGCAACGAGGGAGAGAGAGUGAUUCGAGAUGCGGUGAGCGGGCGGGCAGGGUUCAAUAUCGCGCAAUAUCGCGCAAUAUCGCGCAAUAUCGCGCACCCCUCCGGCCCCGGCGGCGGUGACGCAUCGCACAACAUCGCCAUUUAUCGCAUUUUAUCGCCAAAUAUCGCGCGGUAUCGCGGUUGCGAUAUUGUGAAAAAUUUUCGCUAG